CAGAGAAAUGGCAACUACGCAAUCUGUCUUCACAUUUGCUCUCUGCAUUUUGAUGAUAACUGAAUUAAUACUCGCUACAGAGAGCUAUUAUGAUAUCCUAGGAGUUCCAAAAAAUGCAUCUGACCGUCAGAUCAAGAAGGCAUUUCACAAGCUGGCUAUGAAAUACCACCCAGACAAAAAUAAGAGUCCUGGUGCAGAAGCAAAAUUCAGAGAAAUUGCUGAAGCAUAUGAAACAUUAUCAGAUGAGAAUAAACGAAGAGAAUAUGAUCAGUUUGGCCGUCAUGGAGGACAAGGAAAUAAUGGAAGCCCGUUCCAUCAGUCAUUUAAUUUCAACUUUGAUGAUCUAUUCAAAGACUUUGACCUCUUUAGUCAAAACUCACGGUCAAAAAAGCACUUUGAAAAUCACUUCCGAAGUCAUCGGGAAGCUCACAAUCGGCAAAGACGUUCUUUCCAGGAGUUCUCCUUUGGGGGUGGACUGUUUGAUGAUGUGUUUGAAAAUAUGGAAAAAAUGUUUUCGUUUAGUGACUUUGAAAAUGCACACCGACAUGCAGUGCGAACUGAUACCAGGUUUCAUGGAUCCAGCAAGCACUGUAGGACUGUCACUCAGAGACGAGGAAACAUGGUUACCACGUAUACAGACUGUUCUGGACAGUAAUGUUUCCUUUCUUUCAUCUUUUUUCUUCUUUCAACAACUUCAUAAUCUUUCUUGGUUUUGUGCUAACAUGGAAAAUAAAUCUUUGAACUGUUUGUUUUAAAAAACACUUAACUGCUAUGAAGAAAUUGUAGAUGAAACUAACCUUCAGAAUAGAAACAACAUGCAUUCAGGAAGUAAGUGUCUUGGUAACUAAUUAAAAUGGGAGAGAAAU